AUGCCUCCCGUACCCCCUCAGCGUAGACAUUUGUCCUAUGAAGACCCAUCGCUUUCAGACGAAGAUGUCGGCCUUCUCUAUCAAGUCAUCACCCGCGCUGAGCGAGACCCAGAGGUGGAGCGCCUUCCAUACAGAGUGUUAUUCAAAGCGUACGAUGAAGUCAUCGCAGAACAUGGCGUGGAUCCAGAUCCAGGCUAUGCCUGCUUGCGCUUCUUACUCAAGAUGGGAAGCAAGAAUAUCUUAGGCGAUUCCCUCUUUGAGAAAUUCGAGAACCUACUUGAACGGAUGGGAAUAGUCAUUGAAUUUGGUGAAGACGAAGAUGAAGGCAAUGACACUUAUGCGGACAGUGUGCCUUCGGCAGAUGGCCGGCUCAAAGCAAAGGUCGAUCGCGACACCGCUUAUAGAGAAGGCACUACACAACCGACCCCAAAGAGGCGAGCAUCGUUCAAUUCCAUGUAUGAUAUUGGUGAUGACCCUACGCAAAGGAGUUUCGCCAAUCGCCCAAGCUCGCGCUCUUCCUUAUCCCGUCUGCCAAUUGACAAACCCGAAUUCCCUAGUACCAGGCCAUCACCAAAACGAGCGCUCACUAAGCAGGCUGAUUCGACUGACAGAACUCAGCUGAUUGCGCAGUUCUUAGAUGUUGGACGCCGCCUUAUGAACAAGAUGGAUCUUUUGGAUAGGGAUACGGAUAAACGAAAUAAUGAAGAUCAUGUCUCUAAUGGAGUACAUGCCAGGUCUGCGGUUGAUCGAGAUCGCUCAAAGAGGAUGGCCAAAGCCUCCCGGUCUCGCACACGGCACUCACUAAGCUCAGAAGGCUCUGACGGAGAUGCAGAGAGUUCAUCCCUAUCGGCUGAAGGUGACGACUCUGUAGAAAAGGCCGAAGUUCCACUGGAAUUGCUGUAUAGACCAUCGCUCUCCGAUUUGCUACGCGAUGCAUCAACAUUUAACAUGUAUCGUCAACGCGCCAUUAACCGGCGGUUACUUACACAAUGGUUGAAGAAAGCCAUCCAAACUCGACAAAGCCAUCAGCAUAUGGAAGUUGUCGCCAUCAAUCGCGACAGAGGCACGCUUCUUCGUCAAGCUUUCGAGACAUGGCACUCGAUCAUUCAAACGCAACGGCGAGCCGCACAAACCGACCGCUUUUUUAAGCAUCUAGAGGAGCGCGCUUCGCGGGCCCGCGAUCUUUACCUCGUAACCAAAGCUUUUACCCACUGGGCGCAGGUCGCUUCGGAAGAAGUAGCAAGGACUUCUGCAGCGCGAAGACAUGUGCUAAGUGUCAAAUACUUUAAUGCAUGGCGCGAAAUAACAGCUGUUAACGAGUUGAAGGCCCAGAGAUUCGCAUUGCGACGACCAUUCAAUAUCUGGAAGAGGAAGGCCCAUCAUAUAAAGGAUUCCGAGAAAGAGGUGGCUGUUGCCCACAACAAAAAACUAAUACACGGCAUGUAUUGGAGAUGGUUUUGGUCUUUCUGCGAACGGCGUGCUCCCCAAUGGUAUGACCAUUGUCUCAAGCGGCGGUCACUGUUGUACUGGCUGCGGAAGUUUCGAACAAACAGAGAACGCAACCAUGAGAUAGAAGUCAAGAACAAACAUCUAGCUCUUACGAUCGUUACCGGUAAACAGGAGGCAGCAGUCAAGCAGCAAUGGAAGAUCCAAUUCCAUCUUGCUCCUGCCGCUUCUCGUGUAUCUGGUAUGGUUGAUCGACGAAUCCUCCAAACGGCAUAUGUUCAGUGGGUAAAACGGAUCCGAAUGCUGCAGCACGCGAGAGAAAUGAAUCGUCUGAGAAUCCUACGUAACUCGUGGACAACUUGGAAUGACCUGCUCCGCUGUCAGGCCCUUAGUGCGCGGAUUGAAGAACGUCUGAAAAUCGAAACGAUGUAUAAAUGGAUAUUGGCGGAGAGAUUCUCUCUUAUGCAGCGGAUUCGAGAUCAACGUAUCACGCGCGAGGUAUUUUCCAGAUUUGUAACUAAUGUCCGUCGAACCUACACUCACCGUCGGAAUGAGGAGCUGCUAAAGGCCAAGCUAAUCUGCUGGCGCGACCAGUUCGCGCUUCAGCGUCACCGAGAAUUCUCGCUGAUAGCCUGGCGAUCGAAAUCACAACAUAUGUUCUACUUUACGGCUACGAAGACACUAAACAAAUGGCAUACAGCGACAUUAGAGUCCGCUAAGCGGCGCCGCCAGGCAGCUUACGCGAAGACACGAAGAAAGAUCAAGAUGAACCUUGCUGCAAACGCUCUGGAAAACUGGCGUGCGAGGGCCCAUGAUGUAUUCGACAUGGAACAACAGGCCUUGCAAUUUAGCCGAAGAAAGUCACUGAGCAUUGCGUCUGAACUCCUGCAUCGAUGGCAUGCGCAAACUGCAAAGCGAACUCAGGAUAAUUACGAAGCUGAAGUCUAUCAUUCGCGAAGAGUCGCUUACGACCAAUUUAUACGUCUGGCAGAGGCCUUGCUGGAAUGCCACCGUUUAAAUCAGCAAGCGGACAGUAUGUAUCGUGUACAUAUCUUGGGGCAGGCGAACGUUUGCCUACGCAGACUUAGUCUCCCGGAGGCUAUGAAAGAGAGAAAUUUGAGACGGCAUUCAAGAAGUAUGUUCCGCCACUGGGAUUCUCCGAGGCCACUCGUUACCCCUGCACGAAACUUCGACGGCCCAAGUGGGAAUCUCGGGGCAAAUCGAUCUAUAUUCGACCCUUGGUAUCAGACUGAGACGCCUUUCAAACCCAACGACUUUGUGGUGGAUACCCAGAAUGUCUCGACAACUCCAGUGACCACCCCUAACUACCUGACCUCGCCAUCUAAGCGGGCCGUACGGGCAAGGGCACUCGCACAGGUCUCUACGACUCCUGCAACACCGUUAUACACGCCGUUCGCCAGUCGGCUUCUGCGUGCAGGAACUACGGCACCGAGAUCUGGCUCCAACCCACGAACCCGUAAUGGCCGGGGCAGUUCUCUAGCCACGAGCGUUCGGUUCGUAGACGAGGAGCCAGAAUCACCUACGGACGCCAGAAGGUCCGCCAAUCGACGGAUCUAG